AGUGAACUAAAGGAUAAGGUGGUCAGCCGAGAGAAAGUACAACUGGUCCACCUUUCAGUAGUCGUAUUUUUGUUCUCGUCAUUGUCGAGCAAUCGCGAAGACGCGCACAUUGUAUCCAAUAGGUGAAUAUUAAAGUGCUGUAAUUGUUUUUAGAUACUGUUGGUAGAAAAGCGUUUCUUUUUCUGUUUUCGAUUUUCCUGUACUAUCAAUUUCUUUGUUUGAAAGAGUAGCAAGUCGUCGAAAGCAGAAACUAACUCGUAAAAGAACAAGUUCGAUAUGUAUCAAGACGAACGAUAAGACGAACGAUUCAGAAAGUUGAAACAAUACUCAAAUAAUAACAACAACAAGCUUUUUUUACAAGAAGCACGAGAUACACCCAAAAAUGAAAGUCCCACGCAGCUUUGAAAUAUUCUUAAUUUAUUGGUAACAGCAUUGGGUAUACCACUUGCUCGAACUUAAUGGAGAAGCUUCUCCAUGAUGCGGUAGCGGAUAUCGGCAAUAUUUUUGGUCAGAGCUUGAAUAGAAACUAUGCUGCCUUAACCUUUUACCUUUCCUGUAGAUAGAUAUUCAUGCCCGUUUUGACUCUUUACAUCAGCUAAAAACUCUCAGCAACUGUUUUGAAGACUGUAAAGUUAUAACCCUAACGUGCGACAGGAAUCUGUUUGAUUUUAACUCGCGGUGUAUCCCCUCAUGACAGGACUGAUGAAGGACUAAUAAUCUCCUUGCUUAGCAAUUCUAGAGUGCAAGUUUUUGCCGUGAUAGUACGUAAAUUGUCAAUAUUUUUCCGUGAGUUUCUCUUUUGUCUUUGUGCUUCUAUCCUCUUUCUUUCCGACUUGUCAUUGUCUGAAGGAAAGAAUAAGUUUCGCACUAAAAACAAUAGGUGGGGUCGGGUUCGGAGCGCGUGGGCAAGAAAGUAGCGUUUUACAUAUGUAGUUUCUGUCCUCAUCUAGAAGGUCGAAUAGAUGUGAUAUUUCCUUUGAGCAAUCAGAAUCAGUUCGAUUUUUUUGUCUCUGGCACCGAUCCAACACUCCCAGCAAGCACCACUCGAGACGGCGAACUCGCAGCUUGGCCCCUCGGAACUGCGUACUGACUACGAGAGCUGGUGCCAGUAGGAAGACAGAAAAUCAAAAUCCAAUAUAACAGCCAGCAGAGCCGCCACAAAAGAAGACGCGAACUACAAGAAUCACAUCGGAACAACGAAUCGCCAGCAACGAUUCAACAUCAACACGGCGGACAGCGUUCUUUUGACGCUACGGCGCUUCUUCCACUACUAGGUGUUGGGCUGCUGCGGAACUACGACAGGAACGAACGGUCGAUCAAGAAGAGGAGGAGCACUUCAACAUGAACAUUUGUCGUGAUGCGAUUGAAAAGUCGGCAACUAGCAGAGAAGUAGAAAGAGCAACCCCAUUUUAUUCCUUCGCUGCGAAGUGGAAAGAACAGGACGUCUUCGAGAAGAAGAGGAUUAUCUCUUUCUCAUGCCAAGCAAGUAGGAGGACGAAAUAAAGAAAAAUAAGGAAAAAACCAAAGCCUCGUUGGCUCUUUUCGAAACGAAAAAGAACCGGAGGCGGCCGUUUUAGAAGCAACUUUAAAACUUCCGGAGGCGGCGCGGACUCCACGCUUCGUCGGAUUUCAUUUCAAAACGACACCAGAUUUUACGACAAAAAACAAAAGAGAAAGACCCUCACGACCUGUGCUGCUGGUCUUGCGGCAGUUGGACCACCAAGGGUCGGGGGAACAGCAACCAGCACUGAAAAUUGUCACCCUACAACAGCAACGGUCUCGGACAGUGAUAACGACUUCGCAAAGAUAUCUUCAGGCAGCUGGUGACAUAGAGCCACCACUAUUUUGACGGUAAUUCUAAAGGUGGUUUUCCGCUGCGUUUUAGCGACAACGAGCCCUGUCACUACCUCCGUUUUAUUUGCAAUCAAGAACUCUUAGCCGAUGUCGGAAAUAAACUGGACAAGGAAAAUGCAGCAGGAGUGGUGUAGUUGCCUGUGCACCGUGGCAGCCGCAAAACAAGUCAUCAACGGUGAAAAAAUGAAUUGCGAAGUUUUUUUCGCGAAGUCGAAAUAUGGCCGGAAAAGAAAUCACUAUCAUCCAAGACGAAAGCUGCAACACUGGUAGCCCCCGAGCGAGGACAUCGAAAGCGGAAGAACAUUGCGAAGAUGCCGGAGCUGCUUGAGUUGCCGGAAGAGCCGGUGGCUCCACAUGGAGCAGGCGGAGGCGCGCCAGAGUUCUUCUUUCAGGAGCAGCCGCCCAAAUCCACCGGCAACACCGCCUUCCCUGCGCUCCCGGCCCAAAACGCCAGCCCGCUCAACAUCACCACUCCCGUUGCUCAAGAGGCCCCAGUCCUGCCGGGUCUGGGUCUGCCGCUGCAAUCUGGGAUCUUGCCUAUUCCAACUGGCACGCCGAAUGGAGGAUGCUUCUCGAAUUUGUAAGUGUAGAUCUUUCAUCUUUUGUUUGCCUGAGAAAAGGCGCAAAACCAUCAAUCUUUGGUUCAAUCUAUCAGCAGCUCGUGCGCACCGCAGGUGCUAACAGCAGACAGCCAUGUCCACAUUUUCACUGCGCGAGAAUUGCAAUAUAAAUGAGAUUUUUCCGUACUAUACCGGUUGCGCGGAUUCUCUUGAAAGUUCUAGUUCCAUAAAUUUUUGUUCACAGCACGCAGUCGCUACACCCGGUGUCGUCCGGAGCCCCGUUGGCGAAGAGAACCCAGAAGCAGUCAGAAAUCACGUUUCCCAAAUUCGCGUCGCAGAACAAAUUUAGCCCGGACAUUCAUCUCCCUGUUGGAUCGGAUCUCGGCGGUGCGCAACGGGUAAGAAAAAUGUUGGACGAGCAGUAUAAUAAAGAAAAGAUGAGAUAUAUAUCUCGUCGCUGGCUUUAUUUUGACGCCAGUCGCUGAAAAAGUUUACGACCCCGCGAUUUGAGUUUUGCAUUUGGAUUUACAUGAUUUUCGUUUGACGAGCAAGAGCUUUGGGCAAUUCAAAUUCUCGUUCGAACUACAGGUCUCUGGCACGGAUGGCAUUCACAGUUCUGGCGCCGACCGGACGACACGGUCGUGCCGUUCUCCUGGUUCUGGGCAACGGCAUGCGGACAGCGGACAGUCGCCGCCACUUCCCGAAUAUCGCAAGAAAAAACUGUUUUAGUCUCAAAAUCUUUGCAGACUCAGCAAGCAAAGCUUCCUCGGCCGCAUGACGCGGAAAACCUGUGGUGUGUCACACCCAAAGGAAAACACCUAUGACGAACGACUUUAUUCUCGCAUUCCGAGCAUCAGCAUCUCAAAAAAGAAAAACUGUCUGAAGGAAGUUGUGCAUCACAAGUUGAGACUAAUUCAGCUUUUUCUCACGAUACCGAAGACGCCGUGGGUGGGCCCCAGCACCACCAACGGAUCUCGCAAACACCUGACAGGUACAUACAUACUAUGAAGGCUAUGCUUUUUUCUGACCGCGCGGCGAAGGUUGUUUUGUAGAAAUGAAGAUGACUGUCAUCCUCAUCGAUCUUGUCGAUGUGGAAGGAAUUACUGUCGUCAUCGAUCUUGUCGAUGUGUGGAUUUCGAUGUGGUCACAACCUUGUUGAUAUUGUGGCAAAACAACUUUUCAACAUGCAACGAACAUCAAUUCAAAGGUUUUUCCCCGCCCAGACUGGGCCGCCACCCCCGACGAAAAGUCCGCUUCCGCUGCAGACAAACAAAAACAGUCCCACGAGCACGCAAAGUCAAAUGA